GACAGCGCAAGGCGGUGGGGGAGAGGAAGGCGGUUUGUGCGCGUGCGCGCGCAGGCGCGGGGGGUGGCGCCGCUGUGGCGCGCUGCCCUGCGCCGCGGGGAGGCCGCGCGAGACUAGCGCGUGGCGGGCGGUUUGAGCCGUUGGCGCUGCUAACGGCCUUGCUCCCCGCCCCGCCCCUCGCCCCGAGCGGGUGACGGCUGUCCGCGCGCUUCCUCGGUCUUCCCGCCAUUUUCUGUGCCUCUCCCCCGCCCGCCUCAGGAGCUCGGCGGCUGGGCGCUGUGACUGUUUUUUAUUAAAAUACUGAACAUUCGUUAAAAACGUCAAAAAAUAUCACUGGAACAAUACCCCAUUUUUUUUCAUGUAUUUGGAUCUUUUCUGCUUACAAAAAACAUUUUAAUCAUGAGCUGUGGAAGUCAGUUUGUGGAAACUCUUAAGAAAAUUGGAUAUCCAAAAGCUGAUGAGCUUAAUGGAGAAGACUUUGACUGGCUGUUUGAGUCUGUGGAAGACAAAUCAUUUCUGGAGUGGUUUUGUGGAAAUGUAAAUGAGCAGCAUGUGGUAUCUGAAAAAGAACUGCAAGAUUUCAAUGAUCUUCUUGAAUCUGGUAAGCCCAUUUUAGAAGGAAAUGCACUGGAUGAAGCUCUUAAAACCUGUAAGUCCUUGGAUUCAAAGAACAAUAGUCAGGGGGAGGAAGAAGAAAAGGAGGAACUUAAGAAAUUAGAGGAUGAAUUUCAGACUCUUCAGAAGAUGAAAAAUCUUUACAUUCAUCGAUGUAAUAAGCUUCAAACGAUGGCUUCUGCAAACAGCCAGAUGUUACAGGCAUUAAAAGGCAAAGAGGAGGAAGCACUUAAAGCUGUGAAAGAAGGACUGGGAGCGCUUACUGCAGCAAAUAGUAAGCUUAAUAAUGAACUACUGUCUCUUAUUGAUGGAGUUAAGAAACUGGCCUCUUUCUUCACUGCUUCAGAUUCAGAACAAGGAUUAGGUCCACAUCCAGUGUUUUUUUCCCAGCUUUCUUUGGACAAGUACUUGUAUCAGGAAGAACAAAGCACUGCAGCACUUACCUCAUACACAAAAAAACAUUUUUUUCAAGGUAUGUCUGAAUUAGUUGAAAGUUCACAUGAUGAAAACUUUCAGCUUGGGGAUAUAAGCAAACAAUUGACUUGUGAUGAAACUAAUGAAGUUUGUAAAGAAAGUCGUGAGAUGGCUCAGCUACAAGCAGCAUAUAUUUGUGCUCAACAUCAGCUAAUUCAAAUGGAAGCUAAAGAAGAGAGUAUGAAUUCAGCUAUACAGUGCGCAGAGAACAUGCUUCAUUCCUUAAGGACCAAGGGUAUUGAAAAAGAAAACCUUGAGGCCAGAAUACCUAGUUUAAAUGAUGAGAUUUCAACACUUAAAAAACAUAUAGCUCAGAUAAACAACGAAGAUCUGCCUUCCCUUUUGAAAGAGAAUGCUCGACUGUUGAAUGCGCCAGUGGUGAAAGGAGACUUUGACCGUCAGAUUGCUCGGCAGGACUAUUACGCUUCAAGGCAAGAUGAAAUAUGCCACCAUUUGAUAAGACAGAAAGCAUCAUUUGAACUUAUUGAGCUAGCUUACGAAAUUGAAUUGAGGAAACAUAAAGACAUUCAUUGUCAACUUCAAAAUUUGGUAGAGUAUCUGAAACAGAGCAGUAAUGAGCUGGAACAGAGACUGGAGACGAUGUCUGAGCUAGCUCAACAUGGAAAGCCAAGGGACACUAUUGGUUCAAAGGAUGAUUUCUCUCGUAGGCUAUACCAGCUUCUGGAAGGAGAAAAUAAGAAACAACAAUUGUUUAAAACAUAUGAAAGCCUUGAGCAGAUGGCUCAGAAGUUAAAGCAGGACUGUGUUGCAGUACAAGAUCAGCUAGCACUGUCUUCUCAAGAACAGUCUCUCUUUUUGUCCAAGCUAGACAGUGAUAUAGAUACCCUUUGUGAUACUCUGUAUUGUGGAGGAAAUCAAAUAUUACUUAGUAGUCAGGAACUUACUGAGCAGUUUCAUCAAAUGGAAAUUCAUUUAAAUGAAUUAAAUCAGCUCAUUAUGGAUCUUCUUGCUGAUGUAAAGACAAAGAGAGACUUUUUAGAAUCUAAUAAGCUGCAUCAGAUGGAAAGAAACUUGUAUGUGUAUUUUUUCAAAGAUGAAGACCACUUGAAAGAGAUGGUGGAGAAGCUUGAGCAACAGUCUAAGGCUAAAAUCAGUGGUCUAGAAGAUUAAAGUUUCACUACCAAUGAAGUUCUUCGUACUUAAACUUAAAUGUACCGUUAAGAUACAAAAACAUGUUAAUGAAAACUGUCUUCAGGUUUAUGGAAAAAUAAGUAUUAGCUUAUCAAAGCUAACAUUUGUCUGUCAUUACAACGUAUGUUUAGCUGCCACAGUUAUCAAGUUUGGAUUACAUACCGCUUUAUGGGUUUUGGCAGCUGCUUGCUGAGUUCACAUUUCAAUUUUGUCAAAGUUUUUUUUGUUAUGAGAGAGUACACUGGGUACUUAAUGAAUUACAUAACAGACUGCUCUUCUGCUAGCCUGUAUGUUGAUUUCUGUUAUGUUCAGCAUAGUGCAAAACGAGGUUUCAUGCCCUUGAGAUAUGUCUUCAUGCAUGCUACGAACCUUUCCAUAUGUGAUCUGAAAAGUACAUGUGGGGAGAAGGCAUUCCAGAUUUUUGAACAUGAAUGUACUGUGCUCCUUCUGAAGAGGGAAGUUCUCCAAGGCAAAAAUUUUGUGAUUGCUUCCCUUGCAGUUCCUCUAAGAAGAUACAAGUUUUUUUGGUUGUUUUUUGUUUUGCUUUUAAUGUAGAAAUGUGUUGGAAUAGGUAGCAAAAUCUGUGGUUUAUUUACCAAGACUAUCUGUUUUAAGGUUGUUUUUAAGACUGUUCUUAUCUUCUGAUUUAUCUUAUGGUCAGUCUUCUCCAUUGAAACCAGUCCGUACUCAUACCAGGCUGUUCAAAGAAAAAAGUUUCCCUUUUGGACUUGAGGCUUUUUGAGAAUCUUUUGUUACAGCAAGUUUGGAAUUUGCUCUAUAACUUAUAAUGAUGUGCUUUUAAACUUCAGAGUCUCAGUGCUUUUGGACUUCUGCUUUCACUGCUUUGACUGUUUAUCAAAUUCUUUUAUUGUAUCCUAGUACAGCAGCGGAAUUAAAUAUGUUUUUGUAGUAUGAUAACUUUAAGUCUUUUGUAUGUUGAUGGGGAUCAGCUGUGUUUGCUUUCAAAUGUCAGACAUUGAUAAUGGGAAGAAAAUUAGUAUUAGCAUUAUCUUCAGUUACACUAACUUUCUAUUUUGAUUGCAGACUUUUACCCAUUAUAUAACUUAUUUAAAAAUACUGCAUUUCUUUAACUUACUGGUUGGAUUUUGUGCUGCUUAAUACUAUACAUCAUGUUUAUUAUUAAAUGUUAAAUACUACAAUUUAA